AUGAGUAUGCGCGUGGCGUGGGCCAGGUGGUACUGGAUCGUAAUACUGACGACGUGCGCCGCGAGGACCGCCAGUGACUGGCUUGAUUGUGCUCAAAUCGCCACUUGUCGCUGCAAAUGGUCUUCUGGGAAGAAAACUGCAUCGUGUGCCUCCAGUGACCUACGCCGCCCACCAGCUCUCUCAUCCGAUAUACAAGUCCUUGAUCUACAUGAUAAUCCACUGAGAAACCUUCCACAAGAAGUUUUUGCUAGCAUAGGCCUACUCAAUUUGCAGCGUCUAAAUCUUCGGGCAACGAAUUUGAGGUCAAUACAUGCCGAUGCUUUUUUGGAACUAAGAAUAUUGAUAGAAGUGGAUUUAGGAGACAACGACUUAUCCCAUCUGCCGAGGGAUAUAUUUCGAGGCAACGAAAGAUUACGCCUGGUCGUUCUUAGCAACAAUCCUCUGACAACGUUAAUUGCAGAUCAAUUCCCGCCUUUACCACACCUGCGAAUGCUGUUAUUAGACGGCUGCAGAUUAAGGUCGAUACAUACAAAUGCUUUAAGAAAUUUAAAGUCUCUAGAGACAAUAGAUUUACGUAGGAAUCAGCUUACAUUCCUUCGGUUGGUAACAUUUUCUCUUCCGGCACUGAAAACGGUAUCCUUAUCCGGCAAUCCAUGGCGAUGUGAUUGUAGAUUACGAGAAUUCAAGGAUUGGUUUUUGGAUAGCAAAUUAGGUACGGAAGAAUUACUUUGUGUAGAACCUUCUACGCAAGCCGGAAAUAAGUGGCGCCACGUGCCUAGUGAGAGUAUGGCAUGUCCUCCUGAAAUUAAAUCGAGCACUCUUAUUGUAAGAGCAGAAGUAGGCUUGCCUACCACAUUUGGAUGCUGGGUUCAUGGAGUGCCAAAGCCACAGGUGACUUGGCUUUUCGAUGGUAUUGAUGUACAUAAUAGCACAGUCGAUUGUGAUAUGGAAGAGGCCGACACAAGUGUCGAAGACGACUCUGAAGAUAGAGUACCGGGUAGUGUUAGAUGGGUGAACGUGACUUUGCUAAAUGUGACAUCCAGUGCAGCGGGUGAAUGGACAUGUGUAGCUAAAAGUAUAGCGGGAGAAGCAAGGGCUAUAAUAAGUCUAGUUUUACCCAGAUCGCAAACAGCAACAGCUCGAACGGCACCUGGAAUUCCACAUUUGUUAGGAGUUGUUUUUGGUGCGUUAGGAAUAUUAGCAACACUUGGCUUCAUUGCUGCUGUAGCUUGCUGGCAUUUGAGAAGAAGAAGUGUUCCACCUAGCAGGAGUUUUACAGAUCAAGAAAAACGUUUGAUUGACGCGUCAGUGGUCGUCAGUUGUGACCGAUCAAUUGGGGAUAUGGCCUCACCUUGUGACUUUGAACUGACUGAACGCAUCUCAGAAGACCCAUCCAGGGGAUGUGGUUUUGAACCCGUGCAUAUAACCAUAGAAGGUACUCCAGGGGCUUACCCGCCUCCACCUGCAGAAUUUGCUGUACCUGUACCUUAUGGAAAUAUUUUCAUAUCUGUCCAAGUAGCUGGCAGAGGAGAUCCCGGUAAAUAUCCUGACCUUCUUAGCGGUGGUGCAACAUUACCUAGGCGUAACCGAACGUGUUGUGCUGCUACUCCAGCUUAUGAUAAUAUGGGUCCCAGAGUAACAGCGACAGGUAGUUCCACUUGGUCAUUACCAGGAGCUAGCACAGAGAAUCUUGAAGUAUCCGAAACACCAGUUCUAACCCUUCCCCCUCCGCCUCCUGAGUUUGUUUCCCUUUAG